AUGGCCAGUAACUUCCUACGAUCACCCCAGGGGUGGAGCAGUCCAUCCCAGGACAGAGCACCUUUCCUGCAGAUGGUCCAUGCCCAUGAGUCCCAACCGACCGACCAAACGUGGGCUCAGCGUGAAUUCCUCCUGCCCAGUGAGUCCUGGGAGUUGCCUGGCUUCACCCCACAAAGCUACCACCAUCUGGCCCUGAAGCCACCACCCCGCACAAAAUCUAAGUUCAAGGUGCACCAGCAAGUCCUCUACCCUUGCAAGGAUACGAGCCAGCACACCUGGGGCUUCCACACGUGGCUCGAUGUGGGGCGUUUGCCCCCCACCUUUCCCACCCGGCCAGACAAGCCCUAUGAUAGCAAUGUCUGGCGCUGGCUGACCAACCCCAACGCCCACCGUUGCCCCCCAGCAGAACCCCCCGUCCCCCCUCCCUCCCUGAUGGGCCCAAACAACUUUCUGGCCUUCAUCAAAUGUACUCCGAUCUUCUUGGACACGAAAAGGAAGAACCAGGUCAUUUGUAGGACAAUGAAGGAGCUCAAAGAGAUGGAGAAACUCAAGCUGAGGAGUGAAGCAAGGGCACCACCCCUUGAUACCAAUGGCAACAUCCUGCCCCCAAAGAACUUCAAGAAGUACCGGCACUUUUCAGCUGGGGGAAGGUUUGAACCCCGAGGCUUCCAGCUCAUGCCCAACCCACUUCCCAAUGAUUUAGCCAAGAGCUGGCCCUGCCCGAAUCCUCUGCCUCAUUACCAGGAGAAGGCGCAAAAGCUGGCACUCUUGCCCAGCGCGCCCCUGAGCCGGGACCUUGUGAACAACUACCAAAGCCUGUUGCAGGAUCGGGUGGCCGUGCCGCUCUACUCUCUCUCCAAGGCAAAGUUUUUCAUAAGGAUGAGCAAGAGAAGACCCGGAUACACCUAG